AUGGUUGCCGUCCAUAAUUCGCAAGGUCCUGCUGGUGCAGCAGCUUCUUCGGUGGACCGAUUGGUCAGCGACUGUGUUCAUACACUGUGCGCGGAGCUAACGGCGAAUGACGAUGGCUUUGCUCAGCUGAACACUGUUCUAAAGCACCAUCGUUUCCAGACACUCUUCGAUUUAUACCAAAUCGUGUCGCGACAUUAUUCGGCUAAAUUAAAGCCGUACCGCGAGAAUGCGGCCCGCAUUGUACAAGAAGUCGAGUUAGAGGUGAACGGUGUCGGUACAAGCAGGGGGAGUACGAACGUCGAGGCGACCGCAAUCGAAUUGCUUGAGCGCCUGUCAUCGCCUAACUUCCACGCCCUCAUCGAGGCGCAUGACACCGUUGCCGCUCACAGCUUCGAACUGUCGCUGAUGGACAUCCCUUACGAGGUGGACGAGGACGACGGCGCUGCGGUCAGGAUCGUCCGAUUGAUGAAGAAGAACGAACCUUUGGGUGCGACGAUCAAGAGACUGGAGAAGAACUCAGCGCUGGUGAUAGCCCGCGUAAUUCGAGGUGGUAUAGCUGAUCGCAGCGGGUGCAUCGGCGUAGGUGAUCAAGUGAUCGAGGUGAACGGCAUCAGUGUCGUUGGUAAGGAGCCGAUAGAGGUAGUGAAAUUGAUCAAUUCUGGCGACAGUUCCGUUACACUGAAGCUCGUUCCUGUCGACAGAGCCUCGGUUGCCGCCAUACCAGCUGUCGCGAAGUCCCCUGACGAUCCUAGUUGCAGCACGAUGUUGCAUUUGCGGGCGAUGUUCGACUACAGUCCACAGGAGGACAGCCUGAAUCCGUGUCCCGAGGCUAGUCUGCAAUUCCGUUGCGGUCACGUGCUGCAGGUGGUGGAUGCAAACGAUGACAAAUGGUGGCAGGCACGGCUGGAAACUGGCAGCGAUACCAGCAAAGUCGGGCUGAUUCCCAGCUGGCAGCUGCAGAACAGGAAGCAGCUCUCAAAACGCAGUCCCGUUCACGGAAGCAGCCCAUUGCCACGCAGCAUCUCUUCGUUACGUAAACACAGGUGCAGUAAAAUGCAGUGACA